ACUGGAGGCACCGGGAGUCGGGGUGGUGUCCAGGAAGGGGCGCUGGGGACCCAGCGGGGAUGCUCCUGCGCUCCUGGAAGUCUCUGUUCACGGGGCGGCUGCUGCUCCUGACCAACACCCUGAGCUGCGGGGGGCUCCUGGCAGCCGGGGACUGCCUGCAGCAGGAAUGGCACCGCCGCAAGCACCCCGAGAGCCAGCUCCAGCUGGGACGUACUGGCCGGAUGUUUGUGGUGGGCUGCAGCCUGGGACCGCUGAUGCAUUACUGGUACCUCUGGCUGGACUCAGCUUUCCCAGCCCGGGGCGUGCGGAGCCUCAGGAUGGUCCUGAAGAAAGUCCUGAUUGACCAGAUGGUGGCAUCACCCAGCAUGGGAGCCUGGUUCUUCCUGGGCAUCGGCACCUUGGAGGGCAAAUCUUUCCAGGAGAGCUGGGACGAACUGAAGGAGAAAUUUUGGGAAUUCUACAAGGCUGACUGGUGCGUGUGGCCGGCGGCGCAGAUCCUGAAUUUCCUCUUUGUACCACCCACGUACCGCGUGGUUUAUGUCAACGUGGUGACUCUGGGCUGGGACACGUACCUGUCCUACCUCAAACACCGGGAGCCUCUGCGGCAGAGCCAGCGCAGCGCUGGGGCGUAGAGAAGGGACGAGGCCACUCCAGAGGUUCCUGCCUGCACCAAAUGGAUUUCUGGGCAUUGUGGAUCACCCCAGUUGAGGGAGUGGAUGGCCAGAGCCAGCCCCACCACGUGCCUGCUGCUGAUUAACUCAUCUGCUAAUUACAGCCAUGGGUUGGGGUUGUAACAAUCUCUUGUUGCAGGAUAACAUGUCAAGUGAUUUCUUCUGGGAUUUGUCCAUGGAGCCGGGGUGAGGAGGAGCUGCUGCAGCCCCUGGGAAGGGUCCUGGCUGGAUUUGUUCCCUCUCCAGAACAAACCAGCCCCAUGCUGCUCCUCCAGCACCUUUCAGCCACCUGGAACCCCACUAAGUAGAUAUUGGGAAGGAAUUCUUCCCUGCAAGGGUGGGGAGGCCCUGGAUCCCUGGCAGUGUCCAAAGCCAGGCUGGAACACCCUGGGAUCAUGGAAGGUGUCCCUGCCAUGGAAGGGAUGGAAUUUAAGAUCAUUCCAACCCAAACUCUGUGAUUCACUCCAGCUGCCCCUCUGCUCUCCCUGCAGCUCCUCUCUCCUUCCCCUCCUGCUUUUUUCUCUUCCAGCUCAAGGAUAAAUUCACUUCACCCCCCGCCCUUGCUGCCUCAGCUCCCAUUUCUCCCCCCCCCCCGGCUCCGGGCGGGGGCUGCAGCCACCUGGAUCCUCUAUAAAUAGGGAUGUGAUUGCACCCAUCGGCUCUGCGGCGCUCAGGAGGCGGAGGGGGAGGGUUUGGAGCCAGAUUUUGGCAGAGUUUGGGCCAUCAUAUCCCUCUGCUCCCAGCCUUGGGCAAGCUGGAUGCUCCCUGCACAACCCAAGAAUUUAAUUAUUUGCAGUGUCAAUGAAAAGUGCCUGGAUGGGAUUUUUUUUCCCCCUGAUUUUUAAAGCUGUGCCUUAAUGCCCUGUGCUGGUCCCUGCUGUCACACACUCCCUCAACAGCAGCAGGAGCUAUUUGGGGGGGAUGAUAAUUUAAAAAAAAACAGAUUAAUUUUGCUCCUCUCUGGCAACUCAGGGACCCCGAGGAACUUCUGAUCAGCAUCAGUUUAUUUCUUCACAACAUUUCUUUUAAUACAGUGAUUUUUAGGAAAUUGUACUCUUUUUGACACUUUUGACAUUUGUACAGUACAGUGUAACUCUUCCAUAAGUAAACUUCACAAAAAAAGGGGGGAAGGGGGGGGGAAAGGGGAGGGAAGGAGGCGGAAUCACAUUGGGUGGGAAAUAGAGGGAAAUCUGUAAAAUAAAAACACAGCGCUCCAGGAAAAAUAAAUAAAGGGCAGCUCUGUCAUGGCUACGGGAAUAUCCACUUAUUCACAGUCUCCACAGAAGCACAGAACUACAGGAACACGAGAUCCCAAAUCCCUGGAGCAAACCAGCCACAGUCCCAGCCCUGCUCGCCCCCCACGAGCCCAACCCAGGGCAGAUUCACUCCAGUUGGCUCGGCCUCGGCUGAUGGAUUGAAUUAGUUUUUCUUUUUAAAUCUUAUUUAAAUAAUAAGAGUUUUGUUGUUGGUUGGUUGGGAGGGUGUGGGGUUUUUUUGUGUUUUUGGGUUUUUUUUUUUUUUUUAAGUGAUAUUCACAAGCAAGGUUACCACACAGAGAAAAAAAAAAAAAAAAAAGAAAAAAAUCAGAAUAUAUAUAUAUGUAUGUAUAUAUAUAUAAAUGCACCACCACGGCCACAGCACAGCAGGUCACGCGCACAGCGUCACUUCCUACACCUAUUUACAAGGAAU